CUCCCGUGCCCAGAGUAUUUAGUGGGACUUGUCCAUUUCGCUCUAGUGAAAAGUUAUGCGGCAGAAGAGAAGUUUUCGCUGGCUCUAGAUCAUUACCACCUUGCAUUAGCCAAUUUUGAUAAGAAUUAUGAUAUUGAAGGCAUAAGAAGACUCCAAGAAUUAAAGAUUGUCCCGGGUAAGAAAGGUAAAGACUCUAAGCUAUUCUGGAAGUGCAUUCGACCUGAACCACCUACAACAAAAUUAAUUGAAAACGAAGAGGACAGUGACAGGAAUAGAGACAAUUCUAAGCAUGAAUCUCACUUUACUUCAUCACCAAAUGGCUUAUUGCGUCUGAAGAAAGCUGGACCUUCAAGUGGUUGGACUUUGGAGUUGACGCAAGACGUAUCACCCGGUACCCUUUGUGAUUUAAUAAUGGUCGAGAAACCUUUCACAGUAAGUCUUGUAACUCGCCAAACAUGCUACUGUUAUUUCUGCUUCAAAAGAUGCCACAAUCUCAUACCUUGUGCUAACUGCCCCCAUGUUGGCUUUUGCAGCCAUGAAUGCAGACGGAAAGCAAAGAAAAGAAGAUAUGGAGUAGAGGAAGGCAAUUGCCACUUCUUCGACUGCCAUGGACUAAGACCAUACACUUGCUUAAACAGUUGCAACAAAUGGAAUACCGGAGUCGAUUCCAUUCAUGCUGCUUUCAGUAGUCUUUCUAAGGUGCCUCCAAAUUGUCUUCUAGACUACAUUUGUUCCAAGGCUCAGUAUGAGUGUGGGAGUGGUCACCAGGCAUUCGUUGGCUCAAAGAAGGUGCGAGAUAAGCCGCUAAUGUUUUAUGAUACUUUUGACUACUCUUCGAUCGCUUGGUUGUCUACUUGUUCUGACGCUCGCAGAGAUGAAGAUCUUUGGGCGCAAACAGUCAUAGCGGUGUUUCUUACCUACUGUCUACAUUAUAUUUGGUUCAGACGCAAUAGAUAUAUUUUUUUAUGUCAUUUUCAGCUUGGCGGUUAUCCAAUGACAUGGUUUGAUGAGACGGCUCUUUUCUUCCAAGACCCAUCACCUUCAAACCGUCCGUGGAAAAUUCCAGCAAGCUGGCUUGCCGCUUGUAUGCUCUUCCACAUUCAGAUGAUCAGUGUAAAUUCAUUCGAAUUUUCGGAGCACUUCUUUCGCUUGUCAAAAAAUCCAAAAUCAUUUGGCAUUUGCAUUUACCCAACAAUCUCCCUAAUAAAUCACUCAUGUGUGCCAACAGCUGCAGUUUCUUGGGUGGAUAAAGGUACCCUGCUUGUCUACUCUUUGCAAUCACUUUCAGCUGGAAGCGAAAUUUCUAUAUCCUAUGGGCCUCUAAUAUACGACAGCACUCCCAAGGAACGACAGGACUACUUUCAAAAGGACUACUUUUUCAAAUGUAAAUGCGAGGCCUGUAGUAACAACUGGGAUGAACUAUUCCAGCAAUCAGAGAGGCUCAAGUGCCCAGAUUGUUCUUGCAUUUUUGAUGAGAGUAGCGAUUGUUGCCCAGAAUGUAAAUCAGAACGGGCCAAGGAAUCUUACAAAUUACUGCUAGAUGAACAAAUUCCGAUGUUGAAGGGGAUAUUGUUGAAGGAAAAUUGUACUCUAGGUGAUUUGUCACGAGCCUCAGAGUGCGUUAAGAAGGCCGAGGCAUUCUUGCAGCUACCUUCUUUGGUUCUUUUCAAUGUCCGGAAUUUGUUUGGGCUGCUAGUGACCAUGUUAUAUGGCAAUAGAGUUUACGAACCAUGGCUCACAAAUUAA